GCGUACGGCCGUGCCCCAGCACCCCCUCCUCGCGCACGACGGGCCGCUUGCGGCCUCGCAGCUGCCACCGAGAUGACGACCAGCGGCGUGUGGAACACCAAGGAUCAGGGCUUCGAGAUGAAGCGCAAGUCGUCGUUCUCGCUCCUCACCGAAGAGGUGACGCGCCCGAAGCCGCAGGACGCCUCCGACAAGCUGUGGAAGCUGAUGAAGCACUACGAGGCGAACGAUCCGGAGUCCAUCCAGAAGUCAUUCGCGCGCCACCUCGAGUACUCGCUCGCGUGCACCCGGUUCAACUUCACGAUGGAGGAUGCGUACCGCGCCGCGGGUCUCGUCCUGCGCGACCGCUUGAUGGAGUCUCUGAAUGACACCAACGACUGGUACGAGAAGCAGGACGUGAAGCGCGCAUACUACCUGUCUGCGGAGUACCUUAUCGGCCGCCACAUGCAGAACGCCAUCGCCAACCUCGACCUGGAGGAGCCCUUCAAGAACGCCUUCCUGGACCUCGGGAUGAAGCUGGAGGACUUGACUGAACAGGAGGACGACCCCGCCCUGGGCAACGGCGGCCUCGGCCGCCUCGCCGCCUGCUUCCUGGACUCCAUGGCAACGCUGUCGCUGCCGAUCUGGGGCUACGGCAUCCGCUACAGCUACGGCAUGUUCAAGCAGAAGAUCGACGACGGCAGGCAGGUGGAGGUGCCCGACUUCUGGCUGGGGAACGGGUGCCCCUUCGAGAUCCCGAGGCCGGACACCAUCUACCCCGUGCGCUUCGGGGGCUACACGGAGGAGGGCGCGGACGAGAAGGGCAACUUCUGCAUCAGGUGGCUGGGGGGCGAGAUCGUGCAGGCCAUGGCCUACGACAACCCCAUCCCCGGCUUCGACACCUUCAACACCAACAGCCUGCGCCUGUGGCGCGCGCUGCCCUCCACGGAGUUCGACCUCGACUCGUUCAGCAACGCCAAGUUCACCGACGCGGUGGAGGCGCGCCGCCGUGCCGAGGACCUCUCGGCCGUGCUCUACCCGAACGACGCGACGUACGAGGGCAAGGAGCUGCGCCUGCGCCAGCAGUACUUCUUCGUCAGCGCCUCCCUGCAGGACAUCCUGCGCAGGUUCAUGAAGCGCCCGAACUUCAAGUGGGAGGAGCUCCCCGAGAAGGUUGCCGUGCAGAUGAACGACACCCAUCCGACCAUCUCGAAGGUGCCCUGGGACAAGGCCUGGGAGCUGACCAAGAAGUCCCUGAGCUACACGAACCACACCGUCAUGCCGGAGGCCCUCGAGAAGUGGCCCGUGGAGAUGAUGGAGCGGCUGCUGCCUCGCCACGUGCAGAUCAUCGGAGAGAUCAACCUGCGUUGGUGCACGGAGCCAUCGCGGCCCCGCCCCCUUGGGGAGGGCCAGCGAGGAGGAGGAGGGGGAGGCCGCCGAAGAAGGAGCCCUGCUUGUGGGGGAGGGGCUCAGUGCUCUUGA